AUGUCAUCCAAGAAUACCCGUAUUGCAAUUGUGAACAGUGACAGAUGCAAACCUAAGAAAUGUCGUCAAGAGUGUCGUCGUUCCUGUCCAGUAGUCAAAACUGGUAAACUAUGUAUUGAAGUUCAACCAAACUCAAAAAUCGCUUUUAUUUCCGAAAUUCUAUGUAUUGGGUGCGGUAUUUGUGUCAAAAAAUGUCCGAUGAGUGCCAUCACCAUCAUUAAUUUGCCAACAAAUUUAGAUAGUGAAGUUACCCAUAGAUAUUCUGCCAAUUCUUUCAAGUUACAUAGAUUACCCACUCCAAGGCCAGGCCAAGUUCUAGGUUUGGUUGGUACUAAUGGUAUUGGUAAAAGUACUGCUUUAAAGAUUUUAGCUGGUAAACAAAAGCCAAACUUGGGUAGAUACGAUGACCCACCAGAAUGGAGCGAUAUCAUCAAAUAUUUCCGUGGUUCUGAAUUACAAAACUAUUUCACCAAGAUGUUAGAAGAUGAUAUCAAGGCCAUUAUUAAACCACAAUAUGUAGAUAAUAUUCCACGUGCCAUUAAAGGCCCAAUCACCAAAGUUGGUGAGUUGUUAAAAUUAAGAAUGGAAAAAGAUGCCGAUUUUGUUAAAUUUACUAUCAAGACUCUACAGUUGGAGCAUGUUUUGAAGAGAGAUGUUGAAAAAUUAAGUGGUGGUGAGUUACAAAGAUUUGCUAUUGGUUUGUCUUGUGUUCAGAAAGCUGAUGUGUAUAUGUUUGAUGAACCUUCUUCCUAUUUAGAUGUAAAACAGCGUUUGAAUGCAGCUUUAAUCAUCAGAGCGUUGCUAGACCCAACCACUUAUGUUAUCUGUGUUGAGCACGAUUUAAGUGUUUUGGAUUAUUUAUCUGAUUUCGUGUGUAUUUUAUACGGUGUUCCCUCUGUUUACGGUGUGGUUACUUUACCAUCUUCGGUUAGAGAAGGUAUUAAUAUUUUUUUGGAUGGCCAUAUUCCUUCUGAAAAUUUAAGGUUUAGAACUGAAUCAUUACAGUUUAGAAUGGUUGAUGCUGCUGAUGAUAUGGUUAUAGACGCUACCAGGUCGUUUGAAUACCCAAAAAUGAAAAAAACACAGGGGGACUUUGUUUUGAAUGUGGAACGUGGUGAAUUUAGUGACUCUGAGAUUUUGGUCAUGAUGGGAGAAAACGGUACUGGUAAAACCACUUUAAUUAAAUUAUUAGCUGGUGCUAUAUCAGCAGACGACGGUACCCAAAUUCCUAAACUUAACGUUUCCAUGAAACCACAAAAGAUUGCACCAAGGUUUCCAGGUACCGUUAGACAAUUGUUUUUUAAGAAGAUAAGGGGUUCUUUCUUAUCACCUCAAUUUCAGACGGAUGUUGUUAAACCAUUGAGAAUUGAAGACAUUAUUGACAAUGAAGUACAGACCUUAUCCGGUGGUGAAUUGCAAAGGGUUGCCAUUGUUUUAUCUCUAGGUAUUCCAGCUGACAUCUACUUGAUCGACGAACCUUCUGCAUACUUAGAUUCUGAGCAACGUAUUAUCUGUUCAAAAGUCAUUAGAAGAUUUGUUUUGCAUAAUAAAAAGACUGCUUUUAUUGUUGAGCACGAUUUUAUCAUGGCCACUUAUCUAGCUGACCGUGUUAUUGUUUUUGACGGUGUACCAUCUAAGAACGCCACUGCUAGAACCCCAGAAUCUCUAUUGACUGGUUGUAAUAGAUUUUUGAAGAAUUUGAAUGUUACGUUUAGAAGAGAUCCAAAUUCUUUUAGACCAAGAAUUAAUAAAUUGGAUUCUCAAAUGGAUCAAGAACAAAAGGCCAGUGGUAACUAUUUCUUUUUAGAUAGUACUGGUGUUUGA